AUGCAAUUUAUAAACCCGUACUUUUGUGUGAUCAAUGAUGAACUGCCUUCUUAUGAGGAAUUCUACAAAAAGAUCUUGAGCAAAAACGUUGUUUGUCUGAUAGAUCAACGCCUAACGGCCAACUGGGACUGCAGGAAGACUUGGGUGACCAAUGAUGGAGCCGUCAAUUUGGAUUUUUUGCAGGCUAAAUAUGGCAACAAGAUGUGUCCUGUUUACAAUUGCAAUAAAAAGUACUAUGAUUCAAACCCAAGUAAAAUGAUGCAUAUGAAGGAAUUUAUUGAGUACUGGAAAACCGUCAUCAGUCAAAAUUAUAAUUACGAAAGUAACGACGUUUUGUAUCUAAAAGAUUUCCACAUGUUUCAAGAAGUUACAGGCUCUGAAGAUGUAUAUAGUGUGCCUCAAUAUUUUCAAAGUGAUUACCUUAAUGAGUACUGCCUGGCUAACAAACUGACCGACUACCGUUUUGUGUACAUGGGGCCCAAGAUGUCAAGCACUCCUCUUCAUGUUGAUGUCUUUGGAUCAUUUAGUUGGUCUGCCAACAUUUGUGGUCUAAAAAAAUGGCUGUUAAUUCCACCAAAGAAUGUGAAAAAGCUGAAGCAGCUGUUACCAGCCGUUCCAGGAGAUCUGUACUCAGUGCCAGGACACGAGGAAAUCCUCAAACAGGUCGAAGCAUUUGAAAUCACUCAAAAAGGUGGUCAAACUCUCUUUGUCCCAAGUGGGUUUAUGCAUCAAGUGUUAAAUGGCGAAGACACAAUAUCUAUCAAUCACAAUUGGAUCAAUGCUGCCAAUCUAACACUCAUUUACGACAACAUCAUCGAAGCCCAUGAGCAGGUUCAAAAGGAAAUCAAAGAUCUCAAGGCGACUCUAAGUAAAGAAGAGUGGCAGGAAAAUUGUCAAAAAAUCUUAGCCAUGCACUUCGGUAUCAAUUUGACUGAAUUUCUAAAAAUCAUUUCACAUAUCGCUAGUCGUUUAGAAAAGGAGUCAACAAAGUCAACUUCUAGCACACAAAAGUUUCGUUUUGAACACGAUGUAGAUGUCAUUUUCAAUGUUGCUACCAAGAUAAGAUCGAAUGAUCAUUUUGAAAGUUGUUGGAAUCAGGCGGAUAUGAUCCAGAAACAACUUAGCACCAUUAAGCACAAAAAGUUAGCCAAACUUUUGUAG